CAGAGGUUGCUGCUGCCAAGCUGGGGCAUGAGCAGAGCCCCCCACUGGCAGGCUGCACUCCCAGUCCCCAGGUUUCUGGGAGUUCCCUGGCCUCCAGUUAUCAGGGUACCCCGUAUUGGAGUCAGAUGCACCGUGCCACGAGUUCCCCACACUACACUCCGCCCCCCAUGCUCAACCCACUGCGCCAAGGCACAGGGCUGUUUGCUGAGCUGGGUGCCUCGCUGGGUGAUGGCAGCCCUGACCGCCUCCGGCGCCUGGACACCCCGCAGAUAAACGUGGGCCCCGCAUUCCAGCCAGUGCUGCCAGUGCUGCAGGACCCCCACCUGGCCUGGCUGCCCCCGCCCCAAGCUGAACCUGUCUGGAGGCCCUGGCCCAGGCUGGAGCAGGAUGCAGAGACCCAGCGCCAAGGUGAGCGGCAGCACUGGAGAUAUCAGGUGGAGGAGCUAUUUAACAGGCAGACCUCUAUGUCCCUUAUAGUGAGGUGGGGGGAGGGGAGAGGCAGCAGGACAAGCCCACCCCUAUGGCUUCUCUGGGGCUCUGUCGGCAGGAUCCAGUCAACCCUGACUUUUGUGGAAAAAGGGGGUUGUGAGGCAUCUGUGAUAGUGACACAGCCCCUAGCCCGGGUGGUGCAGCAGAUGGUGCCUGAGGGGCUCCCAUCAAGUGGGGAAAGGGUCUCAGGGCCCACGUGGUGGCUGCUGUCUGGGUGCAGCAUGAGGGAUGGUGGAAUCCCAACUGAUGGCUACUGUCUGGGGAAUGGAGGAGUCCUAUGA